AUGGAUCGAACACAGCAGUUUAUAAAAGAAUGUCUCUUCACCAAGAACUUUGAGGAUCCCAAUAAACCCAUUUCCGAUAACAGGUUACAGGAGACUUUACUCAUCUUACCCACUGAUGGAGGUGUACAUCAAUCGUUGAGGAGAAAUAAAAGUAAACUAAAGGUUACUAUUGGUACUGUAGCGGAAGCAGAUGCAGCAGCUGCAUCAUCUAUUAAACAUCCAAACUAUAGAAAGAUCACCAAAAAUGCAAGAGUUGCAUUGAAGGAUUACAUCAAUCGUUGCAAAUCUAGUGUACGAAAUGCUAAAAGAAUUGCUCGUGAACAGAAUAUUACAGAAAAAAAUACGUUAAUGGAUUAUUUGAAGGUGAAUCAUCCUAAAGUAUGGGAAGAUCUGCCGAAUUUCGAUAAAUUUAAGCCCAUGCAUGAACAAUUGUGGAUUGGCUAUAUUAAAGAGAUGUUAAACAUACCCGUGGAGGUUCGCGAUACCUCCAAGUUCAACAUCAAUCGUUCACAAGCUCUAUUCAAGCUUUCUAUGGCUGAUUACAAUGGUUCAUUCUUAAAGAUAGUAAAAAGUGUCAAUAAAAAUAUGAUUGGUAUCGAAGGUAUCGUUAUUUGGGAUAGUCAGAAGAAUUUUAUCAUGAUGACUGAGGGGGCACUAGUAGACGAAAUUAAAUGUAUCCCCAAGAAAGGUACUAUAUUUGCCCUUGAAAUACCAUUGAAUGACGAAGAUGCCCUACAGUUUAGCAUUUUGGGGGAUAGAUUCAAAUACAGAAGUAGCGAUCGUGCUGGUAGAAAAUUCAAAGCUCGUAGGGUUGACGAUAUGCUGUACUAUGCAGAUCCAUCGUUUUGA